CCAAAUCCCUGCCACUUUAUAGACUGCAGCAAGAGCAGCAGACAAAUGAACCACGUAAUCUUCAAACUUCAUAUCAACAACUUGAGGUAAAUGGCCAAAUACCUGAUGAAAAUGAUUGGGAUUCAUUGGGAAUGCCAUUUAAAUCCCAAACGCAUACUUUAAAUAAUCUGAAAAUCAAAAUAAUGGCCACAACAACGAAACCAGUAACGAGGACCUCAACAACAACAACAGCAACAUCGAAUAUUUACAUGAAUAAUAUUGAAUAUGAUUUACGUCUGAGACAGUUAAUGGAAGCCCUGGUCUUAAAUAGUGGUAUUGAGAAUCAAGAAGAUGCAGUACAAACUCUAUUGCCAAUGGAUUUUAAAGAUGACUAUCGCCAGCAUUUGCAAGAGAUGAAGGAGGAGGCAUCAGCAACAGCUACUACUGCAGCAACCAGGCCAAUGUCUAGCACUACCAGCACCAGCAGUAACAACAUCAGAAACAACAAUAAGAUUACACGAAAUAACAUUAAGGCAAAUUAUCAGGAUAAUAAGGAUUUGGUGUCUACGCCCUUUUCCACCUCCUACUUUUCCUCUCCCUCUGCGGAGUUGUUGUCUAACAAGCAGGAGAACAUCACUGCCGCACCAGCCAUGCUACUGUCAUCGUCAACAUCAUUGUCUGCUGCUACGUCGUCGUCGUCUUCAUCUUCUCCGUCUUCUAUGUCAUCAUCUGCAUCAUUAAAGGAUUCACUGUUGGAUUAUGUCCUCCUUGAGUACAUGACAAAAACUAAACAGAAUCUUACACGAAUUUUUGAAAGCAACAAAGAUGCAACAUCCACCGACGAGAGAAAUUCAACGUUGACAGCCUUGUCAAAUGUUGAAAGAAUACAACAACAGCUAGAAUUUCUACAAAAGAAUGCUGAUAAGUUUAAGAAAUUCCAACAGGUUGAGCAAAGAACGAAAAAUGCAUCAGCCAUGGAAGGAAGCUAUGCGAUUCCAAGUGCUAGUGGUGGUGGCCCCGAGCCAGUGGUAUUUAAAGAGGCCACUCAGGACGAUGAUAAAAAUUUGAAAAUUGUCAAUAAGAGCCAUGACCAAACAAUCAGUACAAAUGAAGGAGAUAAUGGAAUGAAGAAAAAUGCCAAUGUAGAAAUUACAACGAAAGGGGAUAAACGAAAUACGGCAAUGAAUUUAAUGGGAAAUAUAGAGAAUUUCAAUUCACAGGAAAAUGUAGAUAUGAAAAAGAAUGUCGAAGAUACAUUCCAGGAUGAUAGAAUUAAUAAUGAAAACAACAAUACAAAUAAAAUAACAGAAGAAGAUAUGACAAAUCAUAUGGUUAAUUUUGGAAUAGAAGAAAUUGGUUUAAAUAAUACGAAGGACCUAAAUAUUUCAAGCUUAAAUAUAACAACACCACCGGAUUUGAAUUCUUUAACUUUUGAUAUCUUACCAGAUAGUCCAAUAGUUUCUGAAGAUGUUUUAUAUCUAAAAGAGAUAAUUAAUAAUUUAAAUGUAACAAAUAAUACAAAGGAGCCCCUAGUGGCUUCUGUAAUAGAUAAUUUGAAAACAUUAAUAGAAUCCAGAGGAAAUAGUCCUGCAAAUAUUGAGGCUAUGGCUGAUACGAUCGAUGAAGGAGCCACAAAUUCGCCCAAAGAAGAAAAUAUAAAUCAAUUCAACAUUCUGUCAGUAAUGAACUCGAAUUUAAGUCCUACACCCGACGCGCAAUUAUCCUCAAAAAGUGAAAAUAAAACUGUCUCAAAUAAACUGAUCCAACCAACACUUCAGCUCAACAAUAGCUUGACCACUGACAGUUCUGUGAAUAACAGUAACAUUUCAACGACUGCAAAUCCUUCUAGUACCCAAUUAUCCUUAGAAAAUAAUAAACUAACGAAAUUAACUUCAGAUAACCAUCGAAAUUCUCCCAACGAAUCAGAAAUUGCAGAAACAAAAUCCGAACCUGAUAAUUCACAAUAUCUUCCCUAUGUGGAUGAAGAUUUGCUUGUUGCUUUAAUCAAUAACCUGACGAAAAUUUCUACCGGAGAUAGUAAAGAUAAUAAUUCUACAAAUGAUGAUCAACAUUCCACUAACGAUGCCAACUUUACCAAUGCCAAUUUUACAAAAGAAACAGAUCAAUCGGACGUAGUGACAACAAUAAAUCUUGGAACUGAAGAAAUUACUGUUAUGACCGAAAUUCCAUAUACAGAACCUAUAACAACAGAAAUAAAUCCCGACUACACUGAUCAACCUCUCACAGUGUUGGCAAUAACAGAAAAAGCAACUACUCCUACCGAAUUGCCUAAAACAGAAGAAGCAGAAGAUUUCAUAAAUACAGAGUUACCAACAAUGGAUAUAAUAAAAAACAAUUCAACAGAAAUGCCAAUACAUGAAAAGAAAAUACUACUACAGAGUUGCCAAUUACAGAAAUUGAAGAUGAACCGACGGAGUUACCAAUAA